CUGACUGGCCACUGCCUCGCUCUAAAAUAAGCUUGAGUUUAAUACAAGGUUGCAGUAUAAUGAAGUAGCUUCUGCUGCUUUCCCCUCCAGGACUUGAAAGAUGUUAUGAACUAUCAUUUACCAUGACAUAAACCAUUAGCCAAUCUGGACGUAAACAUGAAGAGAACAAACGAAGUAAAUGAGGAAGAGGAGCAAAUGUGGGGCAAAGGAGAGCAUUCUGAGGAGAUAAAAAUGGACACUGAGUUACCGGAGGAGUACUAUCAUGGUCUUGAGGACCUACCCUGGAACCUGAACUCACUGGAGCACUUACUGUAUAUCAGCCUAUCAGCAUGGAUACAAAAAGCUUUGCUUUGUAACCUAGCAGAACAGUUUGGCAUCUGGACCUUUCACAACAACAUCUUGCCGUGUCGUCUCAUAUCCUACACUUUAUUGCCGUACACUCUUCCUGCUACAACUGUCAUCUUGUUCAUCUAUAGAUUUUUCUGCUGGGCGAGGAAAAUUCCCCUUCAAGCUCUGAAUGCUGGCAGGGAAUUCAAACAGGAUGUGAUCGUAAACCUGUGGUUCACCCUCGCACACCUAAGAGGACUGUUAACAAACAGAUUCCUGCUUUUGCAAAUUCCACCUUUGGUCCCCACACCUGCUCUGUUUCUUGCACCCUGGUCCCGUCUCCCCCCUCUUUCUUUGACUUUCCUUCCCUGGUCCUCUUUUCCUUUACUUUCUCUCGCUUUGCGUUUUCUGCCAUGCUGUCUUCCUACUUCAACCUCGAAGAAGCAGCUGGAGCGCAGCAGCCAGACCCAGCCUCUCUCGUUUAGACAACGAUCCUUCCUCUGCUUCCAGCUCGUUGGAUUCGGCAGUUUCUGUAAAAAGACAGAUAACAUCAUCAUUAUAGAUGCAAAGCCACUAUCUUCAACCUUCCUCCUGCAGCUCAACUUAGAGUUAGAAAUGGACAGCCAUUCUGAAACACCACAGCUUCAGAAGGACAAGCUAGAUUAUGACGGAAGCUUAUUACUAGACUUGGACAAGCACAGGAACGCAGAAUCUGAUCUCUCUUCUCCUUGUAUCUCCUACAUGGAUGUGCAAGAGGAAGACUGAAGGACAGUGUGUUACUUAUUGCAGACAAAAGUCUCUCAGUCAAACAUCUCUCUAAUGACUGAUUAUCAUCUUACUGCAAAAAAGACAUAAACAUCUAAUUUCAACAUUUUCUCUCUUGAUCCAGUCAUAUGCAAUGCAUGCUGGGAACUAACAAGCACUGCCCAGUUUCAGUUAAUGCAACAAAAUUCAUUCAUGUAAUCCCAACACAAACGCAUUAAGUAAACUUCAAUAUUAGAUAUAUUUAAGUGGAUUGAACACAAUGAAAUUAAGUUAGGACAAAAUGUGUAGGAAUUGUGUUGCUUUAGCUCAGGGGUUCCCAAACACAUUCCUGGAGCCUUCCCAACACUGCAUGUUUUCCAUGUCUCCUUAAUUAAACACACCUGAUUCAGAUCAUCAGCUCAUUAGUUGAGAGUCCAAGACCUGAAAUGGGUGUGUCAGACAAAGGAGACAUACAAAAUGUGCAGUACUGGGGAGGCUCCAGGAAUGUGUUUGGGAACCCCACUUUAGCUCAUUUUAAUUAAUUUGAACAAGCAGCAAAAAUCUUAUUUUUUUCAGUGUACUAAAAUUUCUAGAACUGAAAUAGAAAUAAAAUUAAACUAUAUAGAAUUAAACAACAACAAAGACUAAUACAAAUGACAAAAGUACAUAAUAUUACUAAAUGAUUAUUUCAAUGUAGUAAGAAUAAAUUAAACAUGCCACAAUUCUGUUUUAUGUAUGUAAGAUUGUUCAAAUCUAAUAAAUACAUUAUCAAGUUGGA